AUGAAGCUCCCAAGUUGUUACAAGUUCAAUCCCAAAAAUCAAGAAAUCUUGGACUACUAUCUUUUUCACAAGAUUGUUGGAGAGUUCAAGACUCCGCUUCAGUUGCCCGUGAUCGAUCUUUAUAGUCAAGAACCUUCCGAGAUAUGGGAAAAUUUGGGAUGUACYGAUGGAGAAGACCUCUAUGUUUUCACUAAGYUGAAAAGGAAGCGUACUCGCGUGAUUAGAAAAGUCAGUGMCUCUAAUGCUGGCACUUGGAGUGCUGAAACAGCACCUACUAAAAUAUUUACUACCACCACUCCCGAGAUCCUACUGGGUACUAUGAAACGUUUUCAUUACGAAAACGGUCAAGAUUGUGGUCCAUUUUCAUGGAUCAUGUACGAGUAUUCUCUCGAUCCCUCCAUUYUACCGUCAACCACCACAAUUGAUAUAAAAGAUUCCUACGUACUCUGCAAGAUUAGAAAAAAGAUGAAAAAUGUUGAGGAUUCUCRAGAGGAAGUUCCCACGAAACGACAAAUUGUGUAUGAUGGUCCAGAUCCCAAACGCAGAAAAUUAGUACAAGUAAUGCACAAUGAAUUUCAAUUUUCGAAUGAUAAAGGACUUGGUGGUGUUGUGUGGCCAACAACACAAAUGGGAUCUUUUAUUCCAGACUUUGAAAACAUACAAUUUCCGAGAGAAGGUGAAUUGUACAAGAAUGUGGACAACCUUAAUACUUAUACAAAAAUACAAAUGAAGUCACGGGAUGAAGAUGAGUAUGAAGAGCUCAUUAGGAUACUUGAUGCAAGCAAUAACGUGGAACCUACCAAUAUUGAGAAAGAUAAUGAUUUUGAUAAAGAAUGCAUAAUAACGAGAUCACAUGAUCAAGAUGAGGAUGAARAUGCAGAAUUUGCUGAAGAGAUACGGAGAGAACUCGAUCAAUGCAAUGAUGUGGAACAUGCCAAUAUAGGAGAAGAUUAUAGUUUUCAAAAUGAAUGGUGGGGAAAAUCCGUUCAUAGAUGA